AUGGUUUCCAGAAAAAAGCCCCAACUUUCUCCCCACAUCGCUCAGAAAUCCGAUCUCUUCGACGCACUACCGGACGACCUCGUCCUCUCUAUUCUCUGUAUGCUCAGCUCCGCCGCCAAUUCUCCUUCCGACGUCGUCAGCGUUCGCAUCACUUACGCCGCGUGCAAGAGACUGAACCGAUUGGCUGUUCAUCCUUUGGUGUUACGCAACGCAGGACUGAAAGCAUUCGAUAUUAAAGCCGGGAACUGGUCGGCAUCCGCUGAACGGUUUCUAGAACAGUGCGCCUCCGCCGGUAAUGUUGAGGCCGUCUACACCCUCGGCGUGGUUCGAUUCUAUUGUUUGGAGAAUCGAAAGAGCGGUAUUUCUUUGAUGGUGAAAGCCGCACUGAAGGCCCACGCGCUCGCUACAUACUCGAUGGCCGUGAUCCUCUUCAACAGCUACGGCGACCCCAACUACAUCAAAAACUACCUGCGCGUGGCCGCUAAAUUGUGCGCACGCGCUGCCUCCCUCGGCCACGUCGACGCCCUCCGCGACCUUGGCUACCGCCUUGAUCGCGGUCACGGCCUGCCAAGGAACGUGCUCACCGGACGACGCCUCCUUGAGCGGGCCAACGCGCUCGAGCUCUCCGCCGCGCUCCGUCGCUUCUUUACGUCGCAGGAAAAAUAUCCGACGCCGUGGCCGUCGCCCCACAUCUUCCGGCAAAUCUUGGAGCCCAAGCAUGCGGACCACCUCCAUCACUUUAUUGUCGCGCUGGAAAACUGGCCGCUUACAGGGCGGUCGCUGCAGCUCUUCCGGCGACGCUUCGGCGGCGACCUCCCCCUCCAGAGCGAGUGCGGGUCGGACGUGUCGGGUCCGGACCCACACCCGGCGAACCGGUUCCUGGUAGGAUGGUUCAGGCUGAGGUCUGGGUCGCUUGCUCCGGGUCUAAGGGUCUGCUCCCACGGCUGGUGCGGACGACCCGAGAUCCGACCCAAUGAGUUCUACCUGUGUGGAGCCUGCAACGAGGUGUAUUACUGCAGUCGCGGGUGCCAGGUGCUGGAUUGGAAGACGGGCCAUCAUGCGCAAUGCUCACCCGCCCACUGAUCUCAUGAAGAUGAUGGUACUGCUGUAGGAUGA